AUGCGAGGUUUUAAUGAAGAUGAAGUGUGCAGUUUUGUGGAGUUAACAAAAGAGAAAAAUGUUGAUGUAAGAUUUAUCGAGUGCAUGCCUUUCAGCGGCAACAAAUGGAAUGAUGGGAAGAUGGUCUCCUUUAGUGAAAUGCUCCAAAUAAUUAGAAAGCAGUGGCCUGAUUUUGAUCCUCUUCCCAAUGGGCCCAAUGAUACCUCAAAGGCAUACCAUGUGCCGGGCUUCAAGGGACAUGUGGGAUUUAUUACCUCAAUGAGUGAACACUUCUGUGGCACGUGCAACCGUUUACGGAUAACAGCUGAUGGCAAUUUGAAGGUGUGUCUCUUUGGGAAUUCAGAGAUAUCUCUCAGAGAUGCAAUACGAAGCAAAUGCAGUGAGGAUGACUUGCUUGCCAUGAUUGGGGCAGCAGUGAGAAGAAGGAAGAAACAACAUUGA